UCCUCCAAGACAUACUCUUUUGUCUCUUUGCCCGGAAACGCGGUGAAAAAGCGUCCCCGGAGGCGGUACGACGAGAUCGAGCGCCUUUACCAUUGCUCUUGGCCGAAUUGCACAAAGAGUUAUGGGACGCUGAACCAUCUCAACGCGCACAUCGUCAUGCAGCGGCACGGCAAUAAGCGCACUCCAGCCGAGUUCAAGGAUCUGCGAAAACAGUGGCGAAAGGCGAAGAAGGAAGAGGCGGACCGUGCCAUGAACGCUCGCCUAGCCGUG